AGCGCGCGGCCGCGAGCAGCAGAGGGAGGGAAGGAAGGAAGAGAGGGAAGCGGGCAGCCGGGCGGGCACGGGGGUCGGGGACUGAGGCAGUGGAAGCAGGCGAGAGCCCGGCAGCCACUUCGCGCUAUUUGCUGCGCGGGCUGUUGGAGGGGGCGACCGUUGGGGCGGCCGAGGAGAAGCGGGCACCGGUGGCGUUGGUGCUUGCGCCUGGGGGCGGGGGAUUGGGGAGGCUAGAAGGGGGGCUGCUGCGGUGGUUCUCUCGCUGUCGCGCUCUCCUUGCCUUUCUCCGGCUCGGUGGGCUCUUCUCGGCGUCUCUUUCGCCUUCGGGGCCCCGCUCCCCGCCCCCCGCGGUAUGUCUUGAUCCCGAGCAACGGGUUUCAUGGGGCUCCUCAGGAUUAUGAUGCCGCCCAAGUUGCAGCUGCUGGCAGUGGUGGCCUUCGCGGUAGCGAUGCUCUUCUUGGAGAACCAAAUCCAGAAACUGGAGGAGUCCCGGUCGAAGCUAGAAAGGGCUAUUGCAAGACAUGAAGUCCGAGAAAUUGAGCAACGACAUACAAUGGAUGGCCCUCGGCAAGACGCAGUUUUAGAUGAGGAAGAGGACAUGGUGAUCAUUUAUAACAGAGUCCCCAAAACUGCGAGCACCUCUUUUACCAAUAUUGCCUAUGACCUGUGUGCAAAGAAUAAAUACCAUGUUCUUCACAUUAAUACUACCAAAAAUAAUCCAGUGAUGUCACUGCAAGAUCAGGUGCGCUUUGUAAAGAAUAUAACUUACUGGAAAGAGAUGAAACCAGGGUUUUAUCAUGGACACGUUUCUUACUUGGAUUUUGCAAAAUUUGGUGUGAAGAAGAAACCAAUUUACAUUAAUGUUAUAAGGGAUCCUAUUGAGCGGCUAGUUUCCUACUAUUAUUUUCUGAGAUUUGGAGAUGAUUAUAGACCAGGAUUAAGAAGACGAAAACAAGGAGACAAGAAGACCUUUGAUGAAUGUGUAGCUGAGGGCGGUUCAGACUGUGCUCCAGAGAAGCUCUGGCUUCAAAUCCCAUUCUUCUGUGGCCACAGCUCAGAGUGCUGGAAUGUGGGAAGCAGGUGGGCUAUGGAUCAGGCCAAGUAUAACCUAAUUAAUGAAUACUUUCUGGUGGGAGUUACUGAAGAGCUUGAAGAUUUCAUCAUGUUAUUGGAGGCAGCUUUGCCCCGGUUCUUCAGGGGUGCUACAGAACUCUAUCGCACAGUAGGAAAGAAAUCUCAUCUUAGGAAAACCACAGAGAAGAAACUCCCCACUAAACAAACCAUUGCAAAACUACAGCAAUCUGACAUUUGGAAAAUGGAGAAUGAGUUCUAUGAAUUUGCACUAGAGCAGUUCCAAUUCAUCAGAGCCCAUGCUGUACGAGAAAAAGAUGGAGACCUCUACAUCCUCGCACAAAACUUUUUCUAUGAAAAGAUUUACCCGAAAUCGAACUGAGUACAAGGUGUGACUAUUAGAUUCUUGAACUAAACCUUUGGCCCUCUCUACACCUAGGUUCUUAGCUCUGCACCUUGGAUCGCUGAUAGGUGUAUAAGACAAUUUGUAUUGAGCCAGGUAAGGAAACUGACAAUAAUGUCAAGGAGGUAGAUACUGGCUGUGUCAGAAAUCUAAAAAGUUUAAGUUACAGCCUUUUUUUUUUUAUCUAGUUAAAUUUUGGUGGGAGUUACAACCUCCUGCCUGGAACCUAGAUAUCACCUAAAAUAAACACAUAGGAGGUCCAAUCAAAGGCUAAAUACAAUUUCAGAAAAAGUUAUACUGUUUUUGAUAAAGCAUUUCUUCAGGUAACCAUGAAUGAAGAUGAAUCCACUUAUACUACUUCUACCUUUACCUGGAGGUUUAGGUUAUACACCUUUACUGAAUAGUGUUAUUACCUGUUGGGUUGUGUGUGUUUUGUUUUUUUCAGAUCACAUCUCAUGAAAUUUAUUGGAAUGUUUGAUCAUGUUUGCUAAGAGUGUUUCUCCUGUAGUUGGAAUUGCACAUCUUUAUGUAAGUCAUUUUAAUAUUCUUUAAAAAAAAAUCAUUAGUGUUAAAAACCAAAUUUAAACCAUUACUAAUACUGUAAAAAGAAUCAAAGCAGUAUUUCUCAUUCCCGUCUUCCCAAUAUCUAAGAUUGGGGAGAUACUUCAAAGAAUGUUGACAUUGCCUAAAUUAUUAAUUAAAGCUUCCACACAUUAAUAUCAAAAAAAUAAGUUUAAUAUGUGUUUCUCCCUGUGUUAUUUGUAAAGCUGUAAACUGAGAUAUCAUUGACUCCAUAUUACACCUGUGGUAAUACGGAGUGAGCUGUGGUAUGGGUAGGAUUUUCCUACUUCUUCUGUACUUUUACUUGUAGACUAUUUUUACUAAGGUGCUUUAUAAUGUGUUUUAAAGCAUUGCAUUUACAAAAAAAGAAAAAGAAAAUGCUGUAAAUAUUGCAUAUUUUAUGUAUUUGGACCAAAAGGUUGUAAGCAAUUAGAAAAAAGUGGUUUUGCACCAAUUUUAUUAUGUCAAGUAAAACCAUCAGAUCUACCGGUCUUGUAUUUCUUGUUUAACUUUACUGUUAAGACAUCACUGAAGUGAACUUCAGUAACCUUUCAAUUUUGAUAUACAGUACACUUUUCAUAACUGGGGGCAGUAAUUAUAAUGGAAAGAGUACUGGACAAGGAGUCAGAAAACUUGAUUUCUGGUCCUGGCUCUGCCACUUAUCAGCUGUGUGACCUUGGGCAAGUCACUUACCCUCUCUUUGCCUCAAUUUCCUCAUCUUGAAAUGGGGAUACUAUACCUGCUGUACCUACCUCACAGGGAUGUUGUGAGGAUUAAAUGAGAUGGCAUGUGAAAGCACUUUGAAAACACACUAUAUAAAUGUAAGGUAUUAUGGAAACAUCUUUAAAUAUAGUUUCAUACCAUUAAUUUUUUAACAAAGAAAGGGAGAAGUCCACUUAUAAACCAGUUGAAAAAAGUUAAUAUUGAUUGAUAUAAAUUUGUUUUAUAAAUGUCUUCUCGGUGUUUUAUCCUCCCUGUUUCAACAGCAAUUCAAAUACGAAGCACCUGUGAACUCUUAAAGAUUCAUGAGCAGCUGCUUGAGUUCAGGAGGGUCCCUGUUUGAAAAAGACUUCAUUACUGACUCAGGGCAGGGCAAAAAUGUGCUCUUGAAAUUGGGAAGAUUUUUCUGUUUUGAUUUUACAUUACCAUUCAGAAAUGGUAACUAUUUUAUAUAUCUGUUUUUUUAGGUAUAUUUUGCAGAGUUUAAUUUCCUUGUGCAUUCUUUACCUUCCUCCCCUUGGAGUAACAGAGAAUUGUAGAAACAUUUUCUAAAAGACUAAUCUUUAAUAUGUUUAAAUAAAUAUUCCUGAACAAGGCCUCACCAAACUAUGUAAGCAUUGUAGGCAGGUUGCUUUAAAGGUUAUUAACUGUUUGGGAGGUGAGGAGGGAGCACUACUGUCUUGCCUGAGGGUUUCAGCCCAGGGCAAGUUCACUGUGGAUUCAGUGAGACUGAGGAAUGACAAUGGAACGUUCUUGGGAUAAAUGGAUUUUAUACCAGGCUUUAUUCUCCCUGCCAUAUGUGGAGCACUAGAAUUACGUGUGUAAUCCUCCUUCUUCUCUGCCUCCACCCAGAGCACUGGGCAGAGCUCUUUAUAUAGUGACUCAGUCAGUAACAGUUUAUUGCCUAUGGGUGUGGAAGCAGUAGACUAUCAACAGGCCAGUUACAUCAUUAAGUAAUUUAGGGUGAGGUGAGGAUCCUGGCCAGAGGAACUUCCAUUUCCCCACAACUACUUAUCAAAAAACAUUUAAAAAUACAUUUAAAGCUACAGAAAGUUGACAGAAAAUCAUUUUAGACCCUUUCUCCCCUAUAAUAGGAAAAAUCUGAGAACAUUGAUAGGCAUACCUUUCCUACUGGGCUUUUUUUUGUGUGUGUAUGUAUUUAUUAGCUUUUACAUGUAUUUGUUGAAAAUAUACACAAAUUAUUUCCUUGCCCAAAAGUAAAGCACCACUUCAUGGUGGAGCAUUUGAUGUUUAUCUGCUGAGGAACCCCAGUAUGCAGGUUAUUCUUGGAGUACAUGCUAAAAUCUUGAGGUGCAUUAACUCAUUCAGAUAACUAAAGUAAUACAUGCACUAGAUAGGGGUCAGAAAGCUUUUUCUAAAAAGAUCCAGAGUAAAUAUUUUAAGCUUUGCCGACCAUAGUGUUUCUGUCACAACUACUCAACCCUGCUGUUUUAACCCAAAAGGAGCAUAGACAGUACAUAAAUGAGUGAACAUGGCUAUGUUCCAAUUAAACUUUAUUAUACAAAACAGGUGGCAUGCCAGAUAUGGACCAUGGGUUGUAGUUUACCAAUCUCUAUAACAGAUCAUUAUGGAGAAAUCAUUUUUGAAUCUGUAUUCUUGUUGCCUAGAAGAGUUUAUAUACUUCCAAAAGCUCCUAACUUAUAUCCAAAGAAUAGCUUUCUAAUUCAGGAGGUCUCCCCCACAGAGUCAUACACUUUUAUGACUUGAUUCUUUCCAGGUGGGCAUGUUUUCUUUCCUAGUUUAACAGUUCAGAAUAGGGUCAUUUAUUCUAUUUUAGGGUGGGUUAGUAGUCUCCUUCCAGGAGACUGAGAGUGGGUUAGAUUUAAUUCCAUCUGGUUCAAUACAGUCCUAGGAAUCUGACAAGCACAGAGUCCUUGUAAUACCUAACUUUAUAAUCAAAUAAAUGGAACCACUGAGACAAUAGUGUAUUUUUUUAAAGUGGCAAAUGUGGUUUUCUUUUUUCAGCCUUUGUGCUUUUUCAGUAUUUUGAUCAUAGGGAGAUUUUUUUUUUAUAAUACAAAAACAAAUUAACCACUUUGAAUUUUAAAAGAUAAUGUUACGUGUGUGUGUAUCUAUAUAUGUUUAUUUCCAAAAAGAGGAAAAAGUACUUUUUGUUCAACUUGUAUCAACUCCUAUUUUCUAAUUCCUGUGAAAUGGCAACUGUUGUUAAAUUAUUGUGACUGUUUUAAAAUGUAAUGGGGAGGAUGUAUUUUGAUUUUACCCAGCUUUAAUCUGUAAAAUAUCACUUAAAUAUAUCUGAUAGCAACACUUAGAGUAUUGCACGGGGAUUACUUUUCUAUCAUCCAUAUGCAAUUGUGCAACUUUUAACAUAUUGGGUGCUUCUGUAUUCCUGAUGAUUGGAUUUAAAUUAUUGAAAAUCAGAGAACUUAAACUUGUUGUCUUUUUUGCUUUAAAUUUUAUUUCUUAUUCUUAAAAUUCAGUUAAUGCCAGAAUUUGAAAUCUGUUUGUUCUUUCUCAAUAUAUGUCCUAAUGGAAAUUCUUGAAAUUGUUCGUGCCACCAGUGAUUUACAAACAGUAUUUUGAUAUUGCAGAUGAUUUGCUCAUUGUAUUUGCUUAGUUAGAAAGAAAAUAGUUUGUAGACGAUGAUUCUCUCUUUUUCUAAUAAAAUGAAAUAAAAAUUCUAGAAGCACUAGAGAACUCAAAGGCUGGUUCUCAAAUACAUAGUUGGUUUUUUAAUUUAUAUUCACAUUCUACAUAGAGAACAUCUGUGUAAGCCAUUUAUCUAUCUCAGUUUUCCCAUUGAUCAUUCUCAAACACACCUAUGGUCCUGGAAUCCUUUAUUAUGAAAAGCACUCUGUACUGUAGCAUUUUAUGAAUUUUGUCUUUAAGAGGUCCAGGUGCUUCUACUUUACAAUUUGAAAUGUUGCCUCUUCAUAAAUUAGUGCUAUUUACUUUGAGAGAAAGCAGGGCGAUUGUUAAUUUUUGCAUCCAUUUACCCAAUGCAGCGUUGCUGAAUGACGCCAGCUGAAUGGCUGUUCAGGCAACCUUGCUCCUGUUGCAACAAACACACUGCCAGUUCAGCUCUUCUGGAGCAGAGUCGACUUAACGAUUUCCUGGAGUGGGAAUUUUAGAGAUUGAAAUAGGUGAUCAGUCGGAUUUAUCCUGUAAUUUAAGUUCAUGCAACUUUGUGACCUUUGCAGUACUAUUUAUAAAAGGACCCUGAUGGUGAUGAUGUCUUUAAAACACAUCCCUGGUAAGCCUGUCGUUUAGACACACUGGUGCUGUCUGGCUUUUUAGCUUCCACAGCUUCCUCUUGAGGGUCAGGUAUGUGAGCGUCUCUAAAGCAGUGUUGGCUCUAAUUUUGAGAAACAUGGAUUGUAUAUCUUGACUUUUAUUUUUAAAUACACAGCUAAACAGUGCCUUUCUUUCCUCACAAUCCGUGUUGGAGGAUGCUCCCUCCUUCCUCCAUCUCCAUUUUCUCUCUUCUCUCCUCCCCCUCCACCCGCUUCAGCGGAUUCAUUUAUGCAACACUGUUUCCAACUUAAAACCAUUUUGUCACAUCUGUUGGAGAGAGAAUCACUCCUUUUCCUUAACAUUCUGCCAGCUUUCUGUUGUUGGAAGUGUUUUGGUUGAUUACCUGAUGCAAAAGCUAUAAAAUAAACACUCAGUGGGAAGGGGAAAAAUG